CGUAAUCAUCAUCACGGCUGCCACUUCGCACGGCGCACCGCUGGUGCUGCAAGGUCUGCGGCUUCCGACGCAUGGAGACGCGAGCCUUUCCCGCUGCGCGCCGCCAGCUGUGCAACGGCCUCGGUGCGCAGAACCAGCGGGCCUCACUGCUGGCGCCAUAGGCGCCAUGUCAUACCCCGUGCGGCUGCAGUGCGCCCAGCCGCCGUGGACCGCAACGACGAAAACGGAAGCGCCUCAAGGAACGGCAAGGCAGGACAAGUACAGUCGAGACAAGCGGACUGCGUCCGCACGAGCACCGCGUCGGCACUCGAAGUCUCGGCGCAACCCAAAUCGGCGCAGCUCUCCGUCACGGUCACCGACGCGGCCUACUGGCUACAAGUUUCAGAAAGAUCGCAGCCACGGGGGCACACGACGGAAGACGAGCGGGUCGCCGUCCGCGAAGUGGCCAAAAGCUUUCGCGCGGAAAAGUGAGGUGUCCGCUUCGCCGAGGAGCCGGAAGCGUAGAACCGAUGCCUCGCCUCCUGGGCACUACAUCCUGCAGGACUCCGGUCCUGCGCAUCAGAGGCGCAGCUCCACUUCUCCGCCCUGGCUCCUUCCGACCGAGAGGACCGCUCCGCUCGUCGGUCCUCCGCUGCAGCCGCCGCAGCUGCCAUGUGCGCCGGCUACUACGUACGUCCCGUGCCACAAUCGAAAGUGCGAGAUGUUUCCCAAGUUUUCCGAAAUUCCGUGGGGCUCCAACUCGGUUCCGACGCACCGGCUUCCUACCCAUGAAUACAAAACUUUCCCGCCUCUUCCUGAACAAGCAGGACACCUGCCCCCGCCCCUGCAUGAAAGUACUAUGCCGCAAAUGAGCUACGCAGGUGACCAUCCGCCAGCACAUCCGUCGCCGUAUGGGACAGGGUACGGAUACAACGUAAGUGGGCAGCCUUUGGAGCCAGGUUACGGUCACUUUACUUCGCAAGGUCAGGCUGUUUAUCCGCCUGGUUCAGUGCCAAACGGGAUUCUACGCCAUUACGUUUCUCGAGCCAACGACGGCAGCCGCAGGUGGGAAAGCAAUUCGCUCGCUACAGCCAAGAGGAACCCGAGUACUUUAAGCGCGAGCACCACCACAAGCGAUAUGUCCAGCGAGGCGGGUAAGUCGAAGAAGCCGACGGACAACACCAGGCUCGCCAUGUGCAUCGGAUGCGCCGGUUUGCUGGCCUUCCUCACACUGUACGCUUUACUCAACGUCGCCGUGGGUGGUCGUCCCUCUGCUAACGACGGCGGACACCCGAUGACGGUUCGAGCGGAGGACGAGCUCGUCGUCGGAGCGUUGCACAGCUUUGACCCCAACCGACAGGAGGCACCGCAUUCACGGGCGAUGAACGCUGCGUCAGCAGGCAAUGCCGUGGUGUCACGGCAUUCGAAAUUGCGCGCGGAGACAGAAAAUUCCGGCAACAAACGUUAUACAGGUUGAAAAUAGUGGUCGUUUAGGUCAAGGUGUGCCAUAAAGUACGGAAGUGUA